UAUUCGUUUGAAAAAUAUUUUGUGCAAAACUUGCAAUCCAACUGGCAUUGGUCUUUGCAUGGAUUGCUGUGGCAGUGCAAAUUUGUGCGGAGGGUUUUGGCACACCAAUGAAAUAACAAUAAGAACCGGGAAUCACGAGAUAGAUGAAUUUAUUUGGGAAGCAAAGGAGGCAAAACCAUCUUUAGAAUGGAUCAACUUUAAAGAAUUCUUUGACAAAAAAUAUUCAACAAAAGGAGGAUUCGAUGGAGUUUUUUCAGGAAAAUGGAAAAAUGACUUGAUAAUUCAAUUUCCGUCAAAUCAUGCAAUCACCUUGCUUGAUAGAAAUUAUCCCAUCUACAACACCGCCAUGAUCGCUUUAAAAGACUUGCAGGAUUCAAAAAUUUGUUUUACUUGCAAUGAAAAAGGAUUCAUUGGAUCUCAAUGCUUGAAGGAUGGAUGCAAAAAUAUAAAAAAAGAUAUUGAUUUUUCUUGCUUGCUAUGCAUUUCAACAAGUAUUCGUUUGAAAAGUAUUUUGUGCAAAACUUGCAAUCCAACUGGUAUUGGCCUUUGUAUUGAAUGCAAUAACGAUAAUGAUGCAUUUUUUGAAGAGCAAUAUUGGUGCAUGCAUAUGCAUCCUAAUGAAAUUAACGAAGAUGUGAAAAAAAGAACCAGAAAUUACGAGAUUGACAAAUUCAUUUGGGAAGUUUACGCUCACUAUCAAUGCAUUGGAAAAAGUAAUAAGGGAAUAAUAUGCUAUGGUAUUUCAUUUCAUCCAGAAAAGAAUCAAUUUGUUUUAGUAUUGAAGUAUGCAGAGAAAGGCAAUAUUCGAAAAUAUUUACAAAAUGAACACGAAAAUUUAAAUUGGUAUCGACGAGUGGAACUAUUGGAAGGCAUAAUUGAAAAUCUACAGCUUAUACACUCUAAAAACUAUAUUCAUCGUGACCUUCAUAGUGGAAAUGUGCUUAAAGGGAAACUAGUUCUCGAAAGUUAUAUAACUGAUCUAGUACUAUCGCGGCCUGUUGAAGAAGCUGAUUUAACACCAAGAUGUUGGAAGAAUUUGAUGGAAAGAUGUUGGCAUAAAGAUCCGCUUCAAAGACCUAACAUUGAUCAACUUCUUAGGGAAAUCAGAAAAACACGACGUUUGGGUUCGAACUGGAUAGAAAAUGAUAUUGAUGAAAAUGAAAAAAAUGCGCCUUUAGAUGGCAAUCGACGUAAUCAUAACACAUUAAGACAAGAAGUUCAUAUAGAAGCAAGUUAUACAAGCAGAUUUAUUAGUUAUGCCACGACCGUACACAGUAAUGAUGACUUGUUUGCAUCUGCUAAUAACGCCAGAAAUUUGCCUCUUGAAAAUGAAUAA